CGGCAGCUGUUGAAACCGGAACUGGACGCGGAUGGGAGCCAGGCGGCGCAGACCAUGGAAGCGGAACACAGCGGAUAGACUGAAGCGCACUGUGGAUGCCCAAAUGACGAUGCCAGAUGCUGCGGCUUAUUGGGCAUGUUUGCUGCUCCUCGUGUCCGCCGUCCGUCCCGGGACAGCAGCAGAGGUCUCGCUGUGGAGCGUGGACAUCAACGCGACACAAGAUGUUGUGUUUCGGAAGACUUUGUACGCCAACACCACUAUCUUCAUGACCUUCGAGGUUGAUCCUGCAUCAUGUGAUGCAAAUGUUGCCUUCAACAUCAGCUGGUAUCUGCGCUCCUCCGUGUGCUACAAUGAGGUUUUUAACACACCAGACAACAAAGCCAUGAAGAUGUUUGGUUUGGACCACAUGUUGAAAGACGGCUGGAGCGGCUUCUACAGCCAGGGCUACAUGUACUUUGACAACUGCUCCUCCCUCAGCUUGCCAAAGGUGUACUAUGGAGAUUUCAACCCCUAUCAGCCCCUCUCUAGCCCAAAAAGCGACCCGUCGAAUCUGACCUUCGUUUGGCCCGACAAGCCGUACAUAAGUGAAGUGGCCAAGGCCUGGGAGGACAGUCCGUAUCUGUUCAUCGUGAAGGUGCAGCCUAUGCCUCUGUUCCGUGGUGGUGAGGAGGAAGACAUCGGCACAGGGCCGCUCAACUUUGCUUUUACAAUGAAAGUGAUGAUGAAGGGACCGCAUGACUUCUCCUCUCCGGCAGACUGGCCUCUCAUGAUGUUCUUCAUGGUCAUGUGCAUCGUCUACGUGCUGUUUGGGGCUUUCUGGCUCUUCUGGUCUGCCUGCUACUGGAGAGAUUUGCUGCGGAUCCAGUUUUGGAUCGGGGCUGUCAUCAUCCUCGGCAUGCUGGAGAAAGCCGUGUUCUACUCCGAGUACCAAAGCAUCCGCUACAGAGGAGACUACGUUCAAGGUGCUGUGAUUUUUGCUGAGCUGCUCUCUGCACUCAAAAGGUCCCUCGCGCGAAUCCUGGUCCUCAUUGUCAGUCUCGGCUAUGGCAUCGUCAAGCCCAGGUUGGGUACCACUGUGCACCGGUUGGUCGCCGUGGGGCUUCUCUACCUGCUCUUCUCGUCUGUGGAAGGUGUGCUGAGAGUCACGGGCGGUUUCUACGGGACCGUCGCCCUGGUGGCUAAUCUCAGCCUCUCUCUCAUUGACUCCUGCGUCAUGUGGUGGAUCUUUAUCAGUCUGUCUCAGACCACUCGUCUCCUGAAGCUCCGCAGGAAUGUAGUGAAGCUUUCUCUGUACCAGCACUUCACCAACACACUCAUCUUCUCUGUCGUGGCCUCCAUCAUUUUCAUCAUCUGGACCACCAAAGUCUUCAAAUUGGUUGACUGCCAGACGGGUUGGAGGGACCUGUGGGUUGACGAUGCGUUCUGGCGGCUCCUGUUCUCCACCAUUCUGCUGGUCAUCAUGGUGCUACUGCGGCCCUCUGCCAACAGCCAGAGGUUUUCCCACUCCCCUCUGAUUGAUGAUGACGAUGAAGAAGAAGAGGCCAAGGAGCCCAUGCUGAAUGAAGCUUUUGAGGGCAUGAAGAUGAGAGGCUCAAAACCCGACACUAAUGGCUCGCAGAAACUGCUGAGUAAAGAGGAUGAAGAUCUAAAAUGGGUGGAGGAGAACAUUCCUACAACUGUUGCUGAUGUAGCUCUCCCUGUAAUGUUGGAUGAAGAAGAGGAAAUCCUGAAAGCCAAGAUGGAGCGAUCCAAAAUGGAGUAGAAGUGUGAACUGGAAAAAAUGUGAGAAGGAAAAUGCAAGACAGAACGAACCCAAAUUCACUGAGGCAGCAAUGAAUGAGUUUUAGUUAACUGAAGUGACAACCAAAAAGAAAAAAAAAACAAAACAAAACAAAAGUGGACACAGCCAGCUGUUCUCUCCAGACACUUUUUAAUUUUACAUUUAUGUCGCACUGUAUUGUAACAGGAUGAUGAGCGCAGAGAGACAGCAGUAGUGUGUUACAAGGCGAUGUUGUGCGGGAGAGUCAGAUUCCUCGGCUGCUCAUGUCAUGUGAAGAUCACCGCCGCGGGACUCGAGUGAAAUUGAAUGAAUCAAAGAGCACAGCACUCUGAUGAAUAUUUUAUGUACUGUCGCAUGGAUGUUUUGCUCUUAAAGCCCUUCAGCGUCACAAAUUCAGCCAAAAACACGCGGAAACAAGGGCAUCCGGCCCAAAACGCCCUUGCACAAAUUAGGAUAUUUAUUGUAAAGCUGUCCUGUCAUCUUUGAUUGAUUCAACCUUUUUUGUGAGUUUGGGGUUUUAUGAUUGCCAGUUUAAAAAAAAAAAAAAAAAAAACUAAACUAAAAUGACUUAUGAUACAGAUGCUAACAAAUGACACAGUGUCUCACUUUGAACACCCAUUGCCAAGUUAUUGUGUGUAAUCUGGCUUAACCUGCUAACAGUAGUAACCCACACUAGGGCAGCACUGCUCCACCAGUGAAUACUGAUGGCUGGUUUUGAGGCUUUUCAUGUCUUGUGAUUCACUGGAUGUAAGAGUCCCCGGUCCUCUGUGGGCUGAGGAACCUCGUGAAACCUUUUCAGUAGCAAAUUCGUAAAGACACUGGUGUCAAACUGGAAAAAAAAAAAAAAAAAUGCUGAAAAAGUUGGCAUUUUUGUGAUUAAAAGCUUUACACUUGACA